AAUGUUGACGUCACUCUGUCAGGAGUCCUAACUCCGUGUCAGUCAGUAACUUACAAUAACUGCCCACACAUAAUAACUGGUUCAGCCGUUAUAACAAUAAUAGUCAUAAUUAGAUAAUAUUGCAGCUGAAGCGUGGGGCUUAGCUGCCGGCUGGUGUGACGGCAUAUGACAAUAAGUCCACUUUAUCACCAAACACGCGUUCGGCGAUGCUCUUUGGUCGACCCGCUCGCACCAGCUACGCCUCCGGGCAGGCUGCUGCUGCUGGCGCUCACGAGCCUGCUCCUAUCGCCAUGUCUGACACAAACGAGCGACGGCAACGUGACGUUGUAUCUGGGAUUCACGAAUGACAAUGUUGUGCUGCGCAUAGCAAGCGAAGCUCUCUAUAAAAGUAAAACAAACAGCUCGACACACCGACACACCGAAGUUUUGUGAGACCAUGGAUGCGACCUGCAGUGCUUCUGCUGCUCCCGCUGGUUUGACUGUCCAGGUGUGCUUCCCCGGUGCCCGUGCUGCCGUCCUGGACAAUCUGAACCGCCAGCGGGAGGAGGGCAGGCUGUGUGACCUCUCCAUCCAGGUGCAAGGGCAGGUGUUCCGGGCCCACCGCUGUGUGCUCGCUGCAUCCUCGCCUUACUUUCACGACCAGGUGUUGCUGAAGAAUGUCACGACCGUUUCCCUCCCCUCGGUUAUGGACCCGGUGGCCUUCGAGAGUGUCCUGAGCUCGGCCUACACGGGCCAGCUGAGCAUCGUGCACGAUGACAUCGUGAACUACGUCACUGUGGCGAGUUUCCUCCAGAUGUGGCACAUCGUGGACAAAUGCACGGAGAUCCUGAAGAGGCCCCGGCCCUCGACAGAAGCCAGCCACGGGGAGGCUGCCGCGGCCCACCCUGGCACUGCGUCGCGCCAGCAGUCCCCGAGCAGCACCGACUGCUUGUACCUGGAAAGGGAGGGAAGGAGGAAGGAGAGAAAGCCGGACGCCCUGCCCCCCUUAGCCACGUGGAGGCGUCCGCAGCAGUUUCCCAGAUGGGGGCGACCUCGGCCCUCAUCGGCCCAGCACUUAGCCGACUCCCAGCUGGACGCCCUCGCUGGCUAUGCGGAGAGUGAUUACGCCAACUGCGAGGAGGCGUGGGUAUCAAGCCACAGCAAAACGAGCCACUUCGCUCAAGAUGGACCGGGCCACAACAGCCGGUACCACGGGGGGUUCCCCAGUGGCGAGGCUCUGAAGCAGAAAGCCAGGUUUCAACAGCGAGGAGUGCCGCCGGGCAGUGACAGGCUGCUCGACAAGAAUAGAGAGAGCGGGGACAGUGACGAGACGCAGGAGAAGAGGAGGAAGGAGAAAAGAGAGAUCGAGGCAGUAGUGGGAGUCAGAGAAGCAGCAGCGGUGGAGAAGAAGGGAGGAGGCUUUGCACAAAUGGGGCACUGCGACUUCCGCCCGAUUUCAGAUGAGAGUGUAGGACAAGCCACGGGGAAGGCGAGCGUGGAGGAGAUCAAGGAGAAAGUGCAGAGAAGUUUGGCAGGAAGAGACCCCCCCUCAGUCCCUCCCAGUGGUCACGGUUGCCAAACAGGUGGCGGAAUUCCGGGCCCCACCUGUCCGGUCUCCGCCCGGCUGCAGUGGCAGACGGGUGCCUGGUCUCAGCAAGAGCAGGGGCUGCAGGACGGAGAGGGUGGCAGCUGCAGUAAAGACGAGGAUGAAGACGAGGAGGAGGAGGAGGACGCAGACUUUGAAUGUUUCACAGAAGGGACGUUUAGCCGCGGCACAUAUGAUGAGAUCGAAGAUGGCACGGGACAGGUUUCUCAAAGGCCUUUAGUGCCCGCGUCCCCUGACUUCACCAUGGCGGGGUCGGAGGUGAACUGGCCCUCCGCCGGUACGGGACAAGGUAGCUCGUCGACCCCCACCUCGAGCCGCCACCUUUCUCCAUCGUCCGCCGCAUUUCCUCCGCCCUCUUCGCCCCCGACUCCGUCUUCAUCCUCCUCGGUGUCCCUCGCCGGCGCCCCCUACACGGGCAAGGUCCACUUCUGCCACUGCGGCAAAGCCUACACCCUGAAGAGCAUGCGUGACCGGCACGUGAAGAUGCAGCACCUCAACCUGCGGCCCUUCGGCUGCCCCGUUUGCACAAAGUCCUUCAAGAUGAAGCACCACCUAACCAAGCACCUUAAGACUCACGGAGGGCUGCGGCCCUACGAGUGUGGCCUGUGUGGGAAGAAAGUCAUUUGGAGGGACAGCUUCCUCAGGCAUCAGGCCCGAUGCGAGAGACUCGCCUCCAGCUCCUCAGCUAACGGCAACAAUGCGAGCGCGCCUGCGGCGGACAUGGACGACGGCUUCAGUUACGGAUUUGAAGACGGCGAGGCCUUUCUCGCGACGGGAGGUCAAGUUAAAGUCGAGGAGGUGGACUUCCACAGGGAGAUGGAGGAGGGCAUGCGCGGCCUCUUGGGCAGCGUGUCUGGGAUCGUGAACGAGCUACGGACUCAGUCGCAAAACCUGGAUGCCGACAGUCAUGUUUUUAAAGAGGAGGCGAGUGAGAGUUUUACCGGAAAUUAAACGUUCAUGUGAAACUGAGUGUAAAAACGAUGGAUGGCAUUAAGAGCCGACACAAACAUCCUCAACGGCUUCUGUGAGCAGCCGCUUUUGUUUAAUUUCUUUUUAUGGCCGUGGAUGUUCUGAUGUAUGCUUUUAUCAAUUGGCCCAUUUUAAUUUGUGCAGUGCCGCAUAGCCUAAGUUCUUGUUCAGUAAAUCCUGUAAACUGUACAUCUGUGUUGUGAAUGUACUUCUUGACCCCAAUUAAAGUUCAUCUGCAUUUUGCACAU